GGAAACAAAUGGCGGAAGUGUAGAUGCACCCCACGUUAUCAUCAAAUAUCUGUGUAGUUUCCAUCAGAAUAGUGCAGACAGCUGACCGGAGGGCAGAUGUGUUGGGUCCAUAAGCGGUGAAGUGUUGUGAAGGAGCCAUGAGCAGGUGUUUGAGUCCAGGGAAGUAAAUGGACAGAGCUGUGUCCGCUGGAGCAGACGGUGUCCUGUCACCCACAGACCGACACAUCCAACACCGACAUAUGGCUCGACCCCUCAGCUAACCAACGGAGACGACGUAAAGUGAACACACUAGCAUCAGCAUGUUCCUAAAAACAUCCUUCACUACCCUGAUCGUGGGGAUGUUUGUGGUGUACGUGCUGCACACCUGCUGGGUAAUGUAUGGGAUCGUGUACACAAAACCCUGCGAUAAUCCCAAGGUUGACAACUGCAUCACACCCUUUCUGGCAGGAAACCCAAAACUGCAGAUGAGUAUCUACUCUUCACUGCGGCGCAAUGCAGAAGGUGGGCAUACCCUGAUCCACAAAGAAGAAAACUUUGACGUCAACACCAAGUUUGAGAGGAUAGUAAAUGUUUCCAUUCCGAAGAAAACUCGUAACAAUGGGACUUUAUAUGCACUGAUAUUCGUCCAUCAAGCUGGUGUGACUCCAUGGCAGGAUCCCAGACAGGUGCACCUGGUGGCUCAGCUCACCACAUACAUGGUCCCCAAACCCCCAGAGAUAUCGCUGAUAUCUGGAGAUGAUCACACACAGGGUCAGAAACAAACAGGCCAACAGCACGAGAGGAACCCUGACACCAAGGGAGGAACCGGACCCACGUCCUUGUCGGCUCACCCAGUUUCCCACUGGCGUUCGCAACUGACACUCAACAUAGUGGGCGAUCACUUCGUGUUUGACAGAGAAUAUCUGCCCAGUGAUGUCCACAGAUACCUCCGAGUAUUCCAAAAUGGUAAGAAGAUGGUGUAUCUACCUCUGCUGUUUGUUGAUGAGCUCAGCAACCGAGUGAAGGACCUGGUGGAAAUCAACAGUACGUCCACGGAGCUGCCUCUUACCAUCUCCUACGACUCCAUCUCUUUGGGGAGGAUGCGCUUCUGGAUCCACAUGCAGGAUGCCGUUUACUCCCUUCAGCAGUUUGGUUUCACAGAGAAGGAUGCUGAUGAGAUUAAAGGGAUCUUUGUGGAUACCAACCUGUACUUCUUGGCUCUGACCUUUUUUGUCGCUGCCUUCCAUCUCCUCUUUGACUUCCUGGCCUUUAAGAAUGAUAUCAGCUUUUGGAAAAAGAAGAAAAGCAUGGUGGGAAUGUCCAGUAAAGCAGUGCUGUGGCGAUGUUUUAGUACUAUAGUGAUUUUCCUGUACCUGUUUGAUGAGCAGACCAGCCUGCUGGUCCUUAUACCUGCAGGCAUCGGCUCUGUCAUUGAAGUAUGGAAGGUGAAAAAGGCCUUUAAGAUUCAGGUUUACUGGAAAGGAUGCAAACCAAGAUUCCUGUUUGGAAAGUUGGACGAAUCGGAGAGGAGAACAGAGGAGUACGAUACACUGGCUAUGAAGUAUCUUUCCUACCUCCUGUACCCGUUGUGUAUUGGAGGAGCUCUGUAUGCUCUGAUCUUCCUGCGCUAUAAGAGUUGGUACUCGUGGUUGAUCAACAGUUUGGUGAAUGGUGUUUAUGCCUUUGGAUUCCUCUUCAUGCUUCCUCAACUGUUUGUCAACUAUAAGCUGAAGUCUGUGGCCCAUCUGCCCUGGAAGGCCUUCAUGUACAAGGCAUUCAAUACAUUCAUCGAUGAUGUGUUUGCCUUCAUCAUCACCAUGCCAACGUCCCACAGACUGGCCUGUUUCAGAGACGAUGUUGUGUUCCUCAUUUACCUCUACCAAAGAUGGCUCUAUCCAGUGGACAAGACCAGGGUCAAUGAGUAUGGAGUCUCCUUUGAUGAACAACCCAAGAGAAAGACUCACAAGGACUAGGAGGGACGGACAGUCUGACGUGUCCUCGUCAUCCUCUGAUUUGGUAUCAGUUGAACUGAUUUAUCACAUCUGACCUGUGAAAACACAAAUCAGAAUGAAAGAAUGAUUCUUGGUUUGAGGCACAUUAGCAAUGAAUUUGACAUCAAUGCCAACUUGUAUCAUCCUGGGCCCUGCAGAUCAAACAUCAUGUCCACCCACUAAACGUCAUCUGUGGUCAUAGUUUUUAUCCGCUCAUAUCACUGGUGUUUUUGUUUGUUUUUUUAACAUCAUCUCCCAGUUUGUGGUCAGCGUGCACUGAUGACCGCCCUCUGCUGGUGGAAUGAAAGAUUGCAUCAGAUGGGACCCAAUGUGACACAAAACUGCUUCUUCAGAACCACUGUAAAUAUUGUAAUGUCAGAAUUCUGUUGUCAGUCAAUUGUUUUAUGGUUUUCAACAUUUUUAUGUUUACACAUUCCAGUGACAUGGUAGAGUGUGUUUUGAUCAGGGCCUGGUUGUGUCCACGCUCACAGACCAAUCUGUCAAUCUGUGAAGCUAUAAAACAACACUUUCCCUGCUUUUCCGUCCUCCAUCAGAGAGGUUUUCAACAGGAAACAAACAAGCACAUAGCACCACUCACAUGACUGAAAAGCUUCACAGACAUAUUUAAUGACAACACUUAGGUCCCGUAAUCUGAGCAAAUGAAAACAGCCAACAGACAGCGGCAUUUGAUUCAUUGUCUUUCCCCAAGACAAACAUGAUAGUACUACUGAAGUGGACGCGUCGUCAUCUCUAAAUAUGUCUUUAGAAUUUGAGCAUGUGCUUUUCUAGUCCAUGGGUGUCAAACUCAUUUUAGUUCAGGAGCCACAUUCACACUAAUUUGGACUGAAGUGGGCCGGACCAGGAAAAGAAUAUAGAAACAUCAACUCCAACCUUUCCUUCCAUUAUGAAAAUGUUUACAUUUCCAAACUAUCCUUUAAAACAACAGGAACAAUCUAAAAAAAAAAUUAAGAAAAAUAAGUGUAAUUUUAUCAAUAUUCUGCCUUAGUUUAUCAUUUAC